AUGUAUUAUUGUGGUAAUGGAGUAAUUUCAUCCUAAAUGGAUUGCGCAAAUUCUAUUAUUUGUAUAAAUGGAUAUGAUUGGGAUGAAUCUUAGAAAUAAUGCAAACAAUAAAAGUAGUAGUAAAAUGAUUAUGGACCAUCAAAUACAUCAAAUACUGCUGACUGGAGUUUUUCAAUGACAAACAUUAUUGUAACGAUAAUUGUUUCUUUGAUAGUUGUUGUUUUUUCAUUAUGGGUUGUAAAAAAGUUGAGAGAAAUACCUUUGAUUAUGAAAGAUAUAAAGAAACAAUAAGAAGAAAAUAAUGAAAUACUGAAAAAUAAAUUUGAAAAUUAAUAAUUAGAAAUAGAAAAAUUAACUAAAAUAAUAAAUACUUAUUAAUAUGCGUCAAUAAAUUAAAAUGAAAUUGAAGUUGAUAUUAAUCUGAAUAAUUAAGUUUAGGAUUUAGAAGAAUAGAAUUCAAAUGAGAGGACAGACCAUUAAAAUUAUUAUGAAAAUGGCAAUUAAUAGCAAGAAGGCUAUUAAUUUUAAUCAACUCCUAUCUUAGAGAACUAAAAAUUCUAGUGA